AAAAUAUCACGUGUUUGGAGGGGUGAUAAUAUUGGGGGAAUGGACGCCAUUGGGAAUGGGGGCUGGGGGUUGUGGCAGUGGAAUCCGUUACGGCAGUCUCCACGGCGUCGUAAUCGCCCCAAUUCCGGUUCGGCGGGCGCAACCGGUGGAGGCGGUUUCCGGUUUCCGGUGAAGCAGGCGGUGACCGCCGCCUCCCUCGCCCUCACCGGUGACACAAUCGCUCAGCUCAGCAACCGUUGGAGGAAAGCAAAGGAGGGGGAUGACAGUGUCUCCCAGGAUGUAUUGUCGAACCUACUUUCAGACCAUGAUUGGCUACGUGCUCUGCGAAUGACUUCCUAUGGAUUCCUUUUAUAUGGCCCUGGUUCUUACGCCUGGUACCAGUGUCUUGACCACUAUCUCCCCAAACCAACGGUUCAGAACCUAAUGUUAAAGGUUUUACUAAACCAGAUUGUGUUAGGUCCAUGUGUCAUUGCUGUUGUUUUUGCAUGGAAUAAUUUAUGGCAACGGAAGCUCUCUGAGCUUCCAGAAAAAUACAGAAGAGAUGCUCUUCCAACAUUACUUUAUGGAUUUAGAUUCUGGAUCCCUGUCAGUGUAUUAAAUUUCUGGGUAGUGCCACUUCAAGCUCGAGUGGCUUUCAUGUCAAUGGGUUCAAUAUUUUGGAAUUUCUACCUGUCAUCAACAAUGAUCAAGUAAAAUGCAUGGUCUACCAGGAAUUUUUACACUAGAUUAAUAAGUUUUGGUUGAGGAAAGUUGUGGGGGAUGAGUUAUGACUUGGUGUGCUGUGCAGGAAAUAUGAUAUCAAAGAACAAUUGCAUUUUUCCUUCAUUUCUGACAAUUGUAAAAUUUAUCUUUCAUAUGAAAAGUUAUAGUGUAGGUGCUAGCUUUCAAGAAGGAAUAAUAUUUUUUGGGAUAAUUUGUGUAUGUUGUUUAUUUUUUAAUGCAUAAGCAACUUUACUUAUUUCAGA